CGUUAAGAGCAGCUGCAGCGCCUGCCAUGGCUGCUUGCGUGUUUGGUUCCCAGUUUGCAAACGUCAAGCUUCGGUCUCCCUCAUGAGAGGCCCAACAACACGAUGAAGCCCAAAACGGCGGCCCGUCGCCCACGAAUCUUCCGCACACUCCUCUCGCGCUCGACUCUACUGAAAACCGUCCUGCUCUUCUUCAUCUGGACAAUAAUUGAGGCGCAUAUCAGUUACUACCACAUCGAACGCGCGGAAAGAGAAAGCAAAACACGCGCUGUCUUGACUAAACCGACGCGCGUCUUCAUCGCGAGCCUCCACUGGAACAACGAGGAGGUCCUCCGAUCCGACUGGAACAAGGGCGUGGUCGACCUGGUCAAGGCCCUGGGCCCGGAGAAUGUCUUUGUCAGCGUCUAUGAGAGCGGCAGCUGGGACGACUCUAAGGGUGCCCUGCGCGAGCUCGACCGUGAGCUCGAGAAGACGGGUGUUGGGAAGAAGAUCGUCUUGGACGAGGAGACGCAUGAAGACCUGAUCGCUAAACCGACAAAUGAAAAAGAGGGCUGGAUUAAUGUUCCUGCCUAUGGAAGGAGGAUGCCUAGAAGGAUACCCUACCUCUCCAGGCUUCGGAAUCUUUCGCUACAGCCACUACGGGAGCUUGCCAUGAACGGGACCAUGUUUGAUCACGUCCUGUUCCUGGGUGAUGUCGUGUUCACUGUCCCGGACAUCCUCGCCCUCCUCAACACCAACGACGGCCACUACGCGGCAGCCUGCUCGCUCGACUUCAGCAAACCGCCCUACUUCUACGACACAUUCGCCCUCCGCGACAUCCACGGCCACGAGCAUGCCUCACAGACCUGGCCGUACUUCAGGGCGUCCCAGUCCCGCAGAGCCAUGAUUCACGCCCGACCGGUCCCCGUAUCCAGCUGCUGGAACGGCAUCGGUAUGUUGCUUUCUCCUCCAGCCCCUUUUUUCCCUCCCGCCCCCACAUCGCCAAGAACUGAUAAUGAUGGAAAUCCCUAGUCGCCAUGCCUGCCACCACCUUCACCGGCAUCCGCGGCCUCCAGUUCCGCGGCCUCCUGGACUCGCUCGCCGCCGCCCACCUCGAGGCCUCCGAGUGCUGCCUGGUGCACGCCGACAACCCAG